AUGUAUAUGACAAUUGCUAAAUAUUUGGAAACUUGUAAAGCUAGCAAUCAAAAUAUGAUCGCCAUGCUUAGCAGAGAUUUCGGGGAACAGGACCGGUACGAAAAAACGGCCAACGCGAUAGCUACAACGUGGCUUAUAUCUUUCGAACAGAUUGCGCGUGACGCACCAUUGGCAGCAUCCUACCUUCGGAACAUCGCGUAUUUUGCGGAAAAGGAUAUUCCGAUAUCGUUGCUGCCUGAUGGGCGAGAAGAUUGGGACAAAGUCGAAGCUGUGAGCGUUUUGAAAGGGUAUGCGUUUAUACUGGAUCGUGGAACAGUAGAUCGAUUCGACAUUCAUCGGCUUGUGCAUGUUGCGAUGCGGAACUGGAUCCAAACGCAGGGCGAUCAAGGUAAGCAAGUGACAGAGGUAGUGUGCCAAGUUUCGGAGAAAUUUCCAUGGCCAACGCAUGAAAACCGAGACGUAUGGACUUCUUAUCUACCGCAUGCGCAAACGGUGUUGGAAUUCCGGGGUUAUUGUAUGGAGAAGGAAAUGUUGGGGCUGCUGCAACAUAAUGUUGCAGAGGUAUAUAAUUUUCUUGGGCAGUACGAGGAGGCAGAGCAGAUGCACCGGAAGACAUUGGCGCUUUAUGAAAAGGUGCUGGGCCCAGAAAACCCGUCGACACUCAACAGCAUGAACAACCUGGCAUCGGUGCUUUACAGGCAAGGGAAAUACGAGGAGGCAGAGCAGAUGCACCGGAAGACAUUGGCGCUAAGGGAAAAGGUGCUGGGCCCAGAAAACCCGUCGACACUUAAUAGUAUGAACAACCUGGCAUUGGUGCUUAACAGUCAGGGGAAAUACGAGGAGGCAGAGCAGAUGCACCGGAAGACAUUAGAGCUUAGGGAAAAGGUGCUGGGCCCAGAAAACCCGUCGACAUUUACCAGCAUGAACAACCUGGCAUCGGUGCUUGACAGGCAAGGGAAAUACGAGGAGGCAGAGCAGAUGCACCGGGAAACAUUGGCGCUUAGGGAAAAGGUGCUGGGCCCAGAAAACCCGUCGACAUUCGACAGUAUGAACAACCUGGCAUUGGUGCUUAACAGGCAGGGGAAAUACGAGGAGGCAGAGCAGAUGCAUCGGAAAGAGUUGGAGCUUUGCAAAAAGGUGCUGGGCCCGGAACACCCGUCGACAUUUAAUAGUAUGAACAACCUGGCAUUGUUGUUUGACAAUCAGGGGAAGUACGAGGAGGUAGAGCAGAUGCACCGGAAGACAUUAGAGCUUAGGGAAAAGGUGCUGGGCCCAGAAAACCCGUCGACAUUUAAUAGUAUGAACAACCUGGCAUUGGUGCUUAACAGGCAGGGGAAAUACGAGGAGGCAGAGCAGAUGCACCGAAAAACAUUGGCGCUUAGGGAAAAGGUGCUGGGCCCAGAAAACCCGUCGACAUUUAAUAGUAUGAACAACCUGGCAUCGGUGCUUGACAAUCAGGGGAAGUACGAGGAGGCAGAGCAGAUGCACCGGAAAGAGUUGGAGCUUUGCAAAAAGGUGCUGGGCCCGGAACACCCGUCGACACUUACCAGUAUGAACAACCUGGCAUUGUUGUUUGACAGUCAGGGGAAAUACGAGGAGGCAGAGGAUAUCUAUCGCCGGAUACAAGAGUUGAAUGUCACAACUUGCGCGCCGGGUAUGACCGGCAACGUCAACGCUGGUCGCGUGACGGGUUCAAUGUUUAAGACGUUUUCUUCAAUUCGCAUGGCCGUUCUUGUCGGCAUCGGUGGCGGGGUACCCCGCGCCCAACCGUCGGACGACCCGACCGAAGACGUGCAUCUUGGGGACGUGGUGGUCGGCUGGCCCGGCGAUGGAGGGCCGGCGUGUAUUUAUUACGAUUCGGGGAGGUGGCACAUGGAUGGAAAGUUCGAGGUGCUUGGGACGAUUAAUCGGCCCGAUCAAGUGCUUUUGAACGCGCUAGGCAAACUCGUAGCGGACCACGAAAUGGACAGAAGCACUUUCGACGUGCAUCGAAAGCGGUUGCUCCAAUCAAAACACAGCCGAAAAUUCACUUUUCCCGGCCUUCAGCGAGACCAGCUUUUCAACGCUUCGUACAAACAUGUUGGUACCUACGGGGACAAAUGCGCCUGCUGUGACGUUGAGCAGCUUGUCCAGCGGCCCCAAAGAACGGAAGAACAAGCGGCCGGCUUCAUUUUCCAUCAGGGGAGGAUUGCGACGGGAAACGCGGUGGUGAAGGACGGCGAGCGGCGGGAUCAGAUCCGAGAUCAGUGCAAUGGUGCUCUUUGCAUCGAGAUGGAGGCGGCGGGGGUGGAUGCUGGGCGGCCAUGUCUGGUCAUCCGCGGCAUUUCGGACUAUGCCGAUUCGCAUAAAGAUGACAUUUGGCGAUCAUACGCGGCAGGGAAUGCUGCGGUGUUUGCUCGGGAGCUACUAAGCAGAAUCCCGCCAAAAAAAGUUCGGAAUUUGAUUAUCGAAGCAAAGCCGAAGUCCCAUUUCCUUGUGAGGUUUAGCAGAAACGAGAGCUUUGUGGGCCGAGAAGAAAUCCUGAACCGGCUCCUAAAACGGCUGCCCCCUAUAGCACACCCAGACGCCUGCCAACGCACAGUCAUCCAUGGCCUCGGUGGUAUCGGAAAAACGCAGGUCGCCGUUGAGGCCGCCUACCGUAUGCGCGCCACAUACCCCGACUGCUCCGUGUUUUGGGUUCCAGCCGUGGAUAUGACGACGUUUGACAACGCCUAUCGAGAAAUCGGCCGAGCGUUGGAGAUACAGGGAAUACAGGACGAUAAAGCCGACGUUAAAACGCUUGUCAAGGCUGCACUCAGUCGAAGCGACGCGGGAUCGUGGGUUCUUAUCAUCGAUAACGUCGAUGAUCCGCAGCUUCUGACCGACGACCAGUUAAUGUCACAUUUACCGUUUAGCCUCGAAGGGUCUAUCCUGUUUACGACGCGAAACGAGCAAGUAACGGCGAGGCUUCAACCUCGGAAGGGUGCGUUCGAGCUGGGCCAACUAAACGACGCCGAAUCCGUUAAAAUGCUGCACCAAAACCUCCAAAUAAACCAAACAGGCGACGCCAAAUUGACAAACGAACUACUAGAAUACCUGGUUCGGUUGCCGUUGGCGAUUAGACAGGCUUCGGCCUUUAUGGCGCGGAAUAAAUUUGUGACAGUGGCUAGGUACCUCGAAAUUUGCAAAUCAAGCGACCAAAAUUUAAUUGGUAUGCUAAGCGAAAGUUUCGAGGACCAAGAUCGGUACGAUAACACGACCAACGCGGUAGCUCUAACGUGGCAUAUAUCGUUCGAACAGAUUGCGCGUGACGCCCCACUCGCAGCAUCCUACCUUGAGACUAUCGUGUAUUACGCAGAAAAAAAUAUCCCGGUAUCACUGCUUCCUGAUGUUAAUAACAAGCUUGGUCUGCAGAAAUAUGAAGCUGUGAGCAUUCUGAAAGGGUACUCUUUUAUAUUGGAACGUGGCACUAUGGAUCGAUUUGACAUCCACCGUCUUGUUCGUCUUGCGAUGCGCAACUGGGUUCGGUCUAAAAAACAGCAAAGUCGGCAAAUUACGAAGGCAGUGUGCCAGCUUUCACAGAGUUUUCCUUGGCCAACGCAUGAAAACCAAGACUUAUGGACUUCUUAUUUGCCUCACGCACAAGCGGUGCUGGAACUCCGGGGUGAUUGCACGGAAAAGGAAAAUCUAGGUCUGCUCCAACGCGUUGUUGCAAGGGCAUAUGAUUCUCUUGGAAAAUACAAGAAGGCAGAAAUAAUGUACCGGGAAACAUUGGCGCUUAAUGAAGAGGUAUUGGGCCCAGAAAACCCGUCGACGCUUGCCAGCAUGAACAACCUGGCAUCGGUGCUUAAUAAGCGGGGGAAAUACGAGGAGGCAGAGCGGAUGCACCGGAAAACAUUGGGGCUUACGGAAAAGGUGCUGGGCCCAAAAAACCCAGACACAUUUACCAGCAUGAACAACUUGGCAUCGGUGCUCGACAGUCAGGGGAAAUAUGAGGAGGCAGAGCAGAUGUUCCGGACAACGCUGGUGCUUAGGCAGAAGGUGCUGGGUCCAAAAAAUCCGGACACGCUUAGCAGCAUGAGCAACCUGGCAGUGGUGCUUGACAGGCAAGGGAAAUACGAGGAGGCAGAGCAUAUACAUUGGACAACAUUUGCUCUUAGUAAAAUGGUGCUAGGUCAAGAAAAUCCGAGCAUAUUUAACGUUAUGAACAACCUGGCCCUAAUGCUCGAUAGGCAGGGGAAAUACGAAGAGGCAGAGGAGAUGUGCCGGACAACAUUAAAGCUUAGUGAAAAGGUGCUGGGUCAAGAAAAUCCGGACACACUUAUCAGCAUUAAUAACCUAGCCCUAAUGCUCUAUAAGCAGGGAAAAUACGAGGAGGCAGAGCAGAUGCUUCGGACAACGCUGGCGCUUAGAGAAAAGGUGCUGGGCCUAGAAAACCCGGACACGCUUAGUAGUAUCAAAAACCUGGUACUGUUACUUCAUAGCCAAGGGAAAUACGAGGAGGCAGAGGAAAUGCACCAGAAAAUAUUGGCGCUUAUUGUGAUGGUGAGGCAAAAAACAAAGGUUUUGCUAGCUUCUACGGGUCGAUCUUGUUCCUGA